GAAUUCCUCAGAGUGCCCUCUCCAUCCUAAUGAAGAAGAGCAUGCUCCUGAUUGUGCCAUGCACCAGUCUUCAGAUUCAGAGUGUCCAGUACAUAGCAACAUAAUGCAGAACUCAGAAGAUUGUCCACUCCAUCCAUCUGGAGUGCAAAUCAGCAUCACCUCUCCUGAUUCUGAGCCGGCUGAGGCUGAAAAAGGAAACCAUCAAACCGGGGACGGGGACACAGGUAGUCUAGACAGCCGCACAGCCUCGCGAGAAUCCCUGGUUCGCUUCCAUGCAGCCGAUGGAGGGAUAUCUCCCAACAACACCCUUUCACAACACCGCACCUCAGUCUUCAAAAGACCAAUAGGACGCAAACGUCGUCAUGGAGACGAUGGCUUUGACCACGAGAUAUCUGCCUUCUUCCCAGCCAACCUUGACUUCCUCUGUCUUCAGGAAGUCUUUGACAGGCGGGCCGCCGAUAGGCUCAGGAGGCAGUUGCACCGCUAUUUUCCCUUUGUACUGAGCGAUGUAGGACGCUACGGCUGGAAAGGCUGUUGCUCCAGAUUCAAGUUCUUAAACAGCGGUCUCCUGUUGGCCAGUCGCUACCCUAUAUUGGAUGCUCAUUAUGAAUGCUUCCCCAAUGGGCGCAGCGAAGAUGCUCUGGCUGCUAAAGGAGUACUUUUUGCCAAGGUGCAGGUGGGAAGCUCCGCUCAGGACCAGCGUGUUGUUGGAUACAUCACCUGUACUCAUCUGCAUGCUAUUGAAGGCGAUGCGGCGGUGCGCUGCGAGCAGUUGGACAUGUUGUUGGAGUGGGGCGCAGAGUUUCGAAGGGUCACCUCGUGUCCCGCAGAUGAGGAGAAGGUGCUGGAGGAUCAGGUGGCCUUCGAUGUGAUCCUCGGAGACCUCAACUUCGACAACUGUUCCUCAGAGGAUAAGUUGGAGCAGCAGCAUUCGCUCUUCACUCAUUAUAAAGACCCGUGUCGUCUGGGACCAGGAGAGGACAAACCCUGGGCUCUAGGUACAUAUUUGGACACAAGUGGGAUCUAUGAUGAGGAAGUCAGUUCACCAGAGAGCCUACAAAAGGUGAUGGAGAAUGAAGAGGGCAGAAAAGAGUAUUUGGUGUUCCCCACAAGCAAGAACCAUUGUCCCAGUCAGAAGGGGCGCAAAAUACCCCUGAAGGGAAACGGCAGGAGAAUCGAUUACAUCCUUUAUAAAGAGGAAGGCCUUCACCAGGACUGGAAAGUGGAUAUAGAGGAGUUCAGCUUCAUCACUCAACUGGCUGGAUUGACUGACCAUCUCUCAGUGGCUGCAAGAUUGGUUGUGUCAACUGGAGAAGAGGAGACUUAG